AUGCCGGAGACCGACUGUUUCGAUUGCCAGGUGUGUGAAUUGCCCAACAACAUAGACGAUAUGGUGCAAUGCGAAGGCUGCCUCAAGUGGUCGCAUUUCGGAUGUGUGGGAUUCGACGACGGGAAGAAGGAGGACCACUGGAAGUGCUCGGAUUGUGUCGCCAAGUCAACAUCAUGUGGCGCCGCCGGAGAACCCAGUGGACUAGCCCGUAGCGAGCGGCAGCAAUCAAACGGCUCACCUCAGGGCGCAGGAUCGAUGAGUGAGAUUGCCCGGCUUAACCUCAAACUGCUAGAAGAGCGAAAGGCCGUCUUGCUUAGGGAGAUCGAACUACAGCAGGCGGCCCAGCUCGAGCAGCGGAAGCUACAGUUGGAGAAGGAGGUUUGGAAGGCGAGGUACGACAUAGUGAACGGGAGGUGUGAAGAAACCAGCGUUGAAGCGGAAUCCAGUGGUCUUGGAGACUGGAUGAGUCGGUUGGACCAGGUCGCUGUCAGCCAGAAUCAGCAAUUCUCUGCUCCGGCGAGAGGAGCGAACCGUCCGGGAUCGUCGACGCCGAUCACUAAUGCGAAUUGGGUCAACCCUAUGACGGGUCUCACCAGCUCCACCCAGUGUUUGCCACCAUCCAUCAGCUCGGUGGAACAGCUAGGAAGCCACCCGAUGCAAUCGGGAUACGUAAGCCAACCGUGUCAGGUAACGAAUAGCAUAAGUAAUUACGUACCAGUAGGGCAGGUAGCUUAUCCGCAAUAUGCUAGUGUAGGGCUAGGUAAUCUCCAUUUGGGUUCAAUAAACACACCUAAUUCCUACACUCCUCACCCCCUCCCAACGAAUCUUCCUCAAAACAACCCAUACAUCUCGCAAGCGUCUUUCGGUGCUCAAACCAUUCCCGCCGCGAAUGUCGACAACUCGACUCCGACCGCUCGACAACUCGCCGCGCGGCACGUUAUGCCUAAAGAUCUCCCGUCGUUCAGUGGUAAUUCAGAAGAGUGGCCAAUGUUCAUUAGUGCCUUUAACACUUCCACGGAAGCGUGCGGAUACAGCAACGUAGAAAAUCUUGGACGACUUCAACGAUGCCUGAAAGGUGGGGCCUUAGAGGCAGUUCGCAGCCGUUUACUACUGCCUUCGUCGGUGCCGCAAGUGAUACAGACGUUGCAGAUGCUGUAUGGGCGCCCGGAACAAAUAAUCUACGCGUUGCUCCAGAAGGUACGAGAGGUUCCGGCACCGAAAGCGGACAAUUUGUGCACAGUUGUAGCCUUCGGGAUGGCAGUGCAGAACUUCUGCGAACAUCUGGAGGCGGCUGGACAAGUUCUACACCUCUCAAAUCCAGUGUUACUUCAAGAGCUCGUGGAUAAGCUUCCAGCGAACUUGAAGCUCGAGUGGGUAGCAUUCAAGCGGCAAUUUGCGAUGGUUGACCUCCGGGUUUUCAGCCGAUACAUGGCCAAUCUUGUGUCAGCAGCCGCUGAAGUCACCCUAACGUUGGAUCCGAAGAGUGCAAAGCUGAAGAAGGAAGAGAAGCCGAAAGGUUUCGUGAACGCACAUGCUACGUCACCUGAGAAACCAAAAGUGGAGCCGACGAAGAUGGUUUCCUCAAUCACCUGUCUUGCCUGUGGGGAUCCAGAUCAUCGAGUGAAGGAGUGCAAGGUCUUCAAGAAGAUGGAUCCCGAUGACCGUUGGAAAGUGGUCCAGAGCCAUUUUCUCUGCCGGAUCUGCCUCGGAAAGCAUGGCAGGAAGCCAUGUCGGUCCGCGGCUCGUUGUGACGUGCAAGGCUGCCAAAUGCGUCAUCAUCCGCUCCUGCACUCCGAGUCGGGAAAUUCUCCGGCCGCAGCAAAGCCGGCGCCACAAGGAGGCGAGGUGCCACGGAAAAGUCCUACCGAAGGUGUAAACACUCAUCACACCCAAAGUUCCACGCUAUUCCGCAUGCUGCCAGUGCGGCUUUUCUGCAAGGGACGUAGUGUGGAAACAUUAGCCUUUAUCGACGAGGGUUCGUCCGUCACGCUCUUGGAAAAGAGCCUAGCCGAUUCUCUUCAGGCCGAAGGAGCGGAGAUGCGUCUCUGCCUAACUUGGACGAGUAAUAUCAGCCGCGAAGAGGAAGGUUCGCGUCAAGUGGAGGUGGAGAUUUCUGGUAUCGGAGGAGGCAAACGAUAUUCGUUGAAGGACGUCCGGACUGUGGAAUCCCUAGCGCUACCGGCCCAAACAUUGCGUUACAAAGAACUGGCUGAUCGUUUCGACCACCUGCGAAAUCUGCCAGUUACGGACUUCGAAUCCACAACCCCAGGAAUACUCAUCGGAGCAAAGAAUACCCACAUCACCGCCACCCAACAAAUACGAGAAGGUCGCGUAGGAGAACCAAUAGCGGCGAAGUCUCGUCUUGGAUGGGCAAUCUACGGAUCGAUGCCAAACGGAUCAAGCUUUGCGAGUUGCAAUUUGCAUAUUUGUGGGUGUGGUGCUGACGAUAGUUUGCACGAACUAGUCAAGAAGUAUUUCACAGUGGAAAACGUGGGCGUCUCGAUGGAUCAGAGUCCUGAGUCCGACGAGGACAAACGAGCGAGGGCACUGCUCGAAAAGACAACCAGGCGAGUUGAAGGCGGAUUCGAGACCGGGCUACUUUGGCGUUAUGACUACGUAGAGUUUCCGGAUAGUUACGCAAUGGCGGCGAGACGGUUACGGUGCCUGGAAAGGCGCUUCAACGCGGAUCCUGUUUUGUUCGAGUGUGUUCAGCGCCAGAUCACGGAGUACCAACAGAAGGGGUACAUUCACCAGGCCACGAAGGAAGAGUUGGCAGCUGUCGACCAGAGAAAGCUGUGGUACCUCCCGGUUGGAAUAGUAAGGAACCCGAAGAAGCCGAACAAGAUUAGAAUCGUGUGGGAUGCAGCAGCAGUGGUGGACGGUGUCUCGCUAAACAGCAUGUUGCUGAAAGGGCCGGAUUUGGUGCAACCUCUUCCCGACGUUCUUUGCGGAUUUCGGGAACGGAGAAUCGCCGUGGUGGGCGAUAUUAUGGAGAUGUUCCACCAACUUAAAAUACGGCGAGAUGAUCGAUAUAGCCAGCUUUUUCUCUGGCCCGGUGAAAUCGGAAACUCUCCCCGGAUCUUCGUCAUCGACGUGGCGACAUUUGGCUCCACCAGCUCCCCAUGCUCGGCGCAAUAUGUGAAAAACUUGAACGCAAUCGAGCACUCAGAGAACUACCCAAGGGCGGCGGAGGCGAUCGUGCGUCGGCACUACGUCGACGAUUACCUGCAGAGUUUUGACAGCGAGGAAGAAGCGUGCCAGGUCAUAGAUGAAGUCAAGCUGGUGCAUCGGCAAGGCGGGUUCAUCAUUCGCAACUGGCUCUCGAAUUCAUCCACAGUUCUCCAACGGAUCGGGGAAACCGACGCCGGUUCGAUGAAGAUAGUCAGCGAAAGCGGUUCACAAAUAGAGCGUGUGCUGGGCAUGCAGUGGAAGGCAACUGAGGAUGUCUUCGUAUUCUCCAACGAAGUCGACUUGGCGACCGUUACUCCCACCAAGCGAGGAAUCUUGCGCUGCGUGAUGAGCCAGUUCGACCCGCUGGGACUCCUUUCGUAUUUCCUCAUCCAUGGUCGUGUUAUUAUUCAGGACAUCUGGCGAACCAAAGCCGGUUGGGACGAUAUCGUAGAAGAGCCCAUCUUGGAGCGUUGGCGACUAUGGACGUCGAAGUUCAAGGAGCUCGAGGAGAUUCGAAUCCCACGCGCCUACUUCCCGGGCGUGGCAGCGUCCAACAUUGAAGACUUGCAGCUCCAUAUUUUCGUCGACGGUAGCGAGACUGCAUACGCAUGUGUGGCCUACUUCAGGGCGACCAUUCAGGGAGAAUACCAUUGUGCGCUCGUCGGCGGGAAAGCGAAGGUUGCACCGAUAAAAGCGCUUUCGAUCCCAAGGUUGGAGCUCCAGGCUGCCUUGAUAGGCUGUAGGCUAAUGAAGACCCUCUGCAACAGUCACAGUCUGCCGAUAUCGCAACGAGUGUUCUGGACCGAUUCAAAAACCGUGCUGUCCUGGAUCCAUUCCGACCACCGGCGCUACCGACAAUUCGUCGCCUGCAGGAUAGGGGAAAUCCUCUCGAAAUCUAAUCCCGCAGAGUGGCGGUACGUCCCAUCGAAGGUCAACGUCGCAGACGAUGGCACAAAGUGGGCCAGUGGACCAAACCUGAAACCCGACAGUCGUUGGUUGAAAGGGCCAGAUUUCUUGUGGAAAACUGAGGAAUGUUGGCCACGUCAGGCCGAACCCGAAGCAACCAUCAUCGAAAUUAGAUCAUGUCAUGUUCAUCGUUCAACGGAACACAACGAAACCAUCGACUGGAGCCGCUUUUCCAAAUUCGAAAGGCUUAAUCGGACUGUUGCCUAUAUCAUCCGCUUCGCAGACAACUGUCGGCGGAAGGUGAUGAAGAUGCCACUGCAGAACCUGCAUAUCACCCAAGAGGAACUCAAUAAAGCUGAGAACGUCAUCUGGAGGCUGGUGCAACAUGCGGAGUUUCCAGAAGAGAUGUUUCAACUACAGAAGGCGAAAGAAGGGCAGAAGAUGAAGCUGAGCCGAGCCAGCCCGAUCUACAAGCUGUCGCCGUUCGUUGAUGAGUGCGGUGUAGCUCGAAUGGACACGAGAAUUGGUCCGGUGCGAUCUUCGUACCGUUCGACACCAGAUUCCCGAUAA